CCGAGAUGUCGUCCUCAGUUCUCGGUGUCAUAUAUGAGGAGCCAACGCUCCCUGUUCUCCUCACGCUCAGCUCCUUUCUAUAUCUACUCCAAGUCUCGAGAUACAUAGCAGAUGCCCUUCUCUCUGCAGGUCUUCUCGGGGAGAUCGCUCUCGGUGUAAUUUACGGCUCUCCACUUUCGGGAAUAUUGGAGCAUAGCUGGGAGGAGACAUGGUUGGUGGUCGGAUAUUGGGGCUUGGUACUCAUUGUCUUCGAAGGGGGGUUAGACUUUGAUGCACGACUAUUUCUAUCUUGUCUACCACUCGCCACCAUCGCUGCGUUUACCGGAGUACUGCUUCCAAUGGCACUCUCUUUUGCGGUUCUGUCCGGUGUAUUCAAAUACUCAGCAUUGCAUGCAUUUUCAUGUGGAGCCGCGCUAGCGUCUGACUCUCUCGGGACGACAUUCUCCAUCCUUCGUGCCCAGUCAGACAGUUUCGACGUUAUGUCCACUCGGAUCGGCAGCGUCAUUAUGGGCGCGGCUCUCGUUGACGAUGUCAUCGCCCUCGUCUUGCUCUCAGUCAUAGAUGGGCUUGGCCAUGACAUUACCACGAGUCUCGGCUGGACGAUCGGACGCCCCAUAGUCGCGAGUGUUGCUCUGGCAGUCCUUGGUCCAGCCGUUACUUACCUUUUCGCUCGACCCCUAUAUAGGCGGUUCAUAGAGAAACACAUCAUACGGCUAGGUGGAAAUACGGCCCUGUCGCUUGGGCUAUGUGUCCUGUCUGCACAUUUAGCCAUUGCAUAUUAUGCAGGCUCGACGGUAUUACUCGGUUCCUUCCUUUCGGGCGUGAUGCUUUCAGUAUUACCGAGUGAUCCUGAGAGUGAAUCAUAUCGUAGCAUCUUCCACAGGAUGGUCGGGCCCGUUCACAAGCACAUAUUUUCGCCUCUAUUCUUCGCCUCAAUCGGGUAUUCAAUACCAUUUUUAGAUCUUUUCACCAUCACUCGUUUCUGGCAAGGACUCGUCUUUGCAAUUUUCAUGACUAUAGGCAAACUCGUCGUAGGAUUUUGGAUCCCUAUUGCUGAAAUACGCGUCCGCCGCAGGUCUAGCUCGGUAUUUACAAAGACGGACUCUGUCGGCUCCCAAGACGUCAGCUUGACGGAGAAGGGUGCGGACAAGACCUCGAGGAUUGUGGCGGGAAGAUGGACCAUAGAAUGGCCCACUAAGUCGUCCAUUGCGCCAGCGAUGAUGCUUUCUACUGCUAUGGUGGCGAGAGGAGAAAUAGGAAUCCUCAUCCUUCAAGUUGGAUAUGCUUCCUCCCUCGUACCCACCGGUUUGACUGUUAUAUCAGAGGACGUAUACCUCAUUGGCAUAUGGGCCGUUCUAAUCUGCACUAUAAUCGGUCCGAUCACAUUUUCAUCCGUUAUUCGGCGCUCAGUCAGCACGGACGACCGAAGGGAAGUGCUGAUUAGAAGUCGAUGGGGCCAGGGGAUUGGAUACGAGCAUUCUGGAGAAGACGUAGAUAAUCACGGUGUGACAGAGGCGCAUCGAGGAGGAGAUAUGACGGAUGUGGUAUGAACAGCUCCCGUAUACUUUGUCUUUAUGUUGCGAGAAUGUAAUAUUGAAGUCCC